CCCAGCUAUAAAAAGGAGGCAUUUACCUUCAGUAUCAGUGAGGGCCGUUCCCCUUUGAACGUUGCGGCCGCCGGCGUCGUAUCAGCGUCCGCGUAACUUUGAGCCGCUACGGAAGAUGGCCCUGUGGUUGGGAUCCAGCCUCCUGCUGCUAAUGCUGCUGCUGCCAGCGAAGGCUGCCACAGAUAUCCACCCCGCCGAGCAGGGGAAGUGUCAGAUGAGCUACACGGGAAUACCUGGGUUACCGGGAAACCCUGGGAUCCCAGGGAACCCAGGCAGUCUGGGCCCAGUCGGUCCAUCAGGAAGGGACGGGCGAGAAGGUCACCUGGGCCAGCCUGGAAAGAAUGGCGAGAAAGGAGACCAGGGCGAUCAGGGCCUGAAAGGGGACAAAGGGAGCGCAGGAGAGGCCGGAUUGCCUGGAAAAUUCGGACCGAUGGGUCCCGCUGGAGAGAGAGGGGAUCGUGGACUUCAGGGUGAAAAGGGAGACAAAGGAGAAGUCCCGGCUGCCAUCCCUAGAUCCGCAUUCACUGUGGGUCUGUCUGUAUCGAACCCUCCCAGCGGAUCUCCCAUCAGAUUCAGCAAGGUCAUGUAUAAUGAGCAGAAUCAUUACGACACGUUCACCGGCAGGUUCACUUGCCAUUUCCCGGGCAUUUAUUACUUUUCUUACCAUAUCACCGGAGCAUCUGGCACCACCCAGGUCUCCUUGAGAUACAAUGGACAAGCAGUUCAGAAUACAUAUUCCUCAACCAGCAGCGUUUAUAGCCUGUCCGGCGCCUCAGUGCUGCGCUUGAGAAAGGGCAAUGAAGUGUGGGUGCAGACCGAAGGUGCUCACAUCAAGGCUUACACAGACGUUACCACUGACAGCACUUUCUCGGGUGUCUUGAUCUACCCUGACCUGCCUUGAACAGGCGCUUUUUAACCUAAGAACUGCUCCAUAUAGCUUUGCUUGAAGUCUGACGUUGAACGCGUAAGGUGUGGUGCAAAACAGCACGUAAACAGCACGUAGAAAUGUGUGUAGGCUGGGAGACAAUACGUCAGCAUAUACGUACAUGGCGUGCCAGUGUGUAGGUGUUCAUGGUUGAGCUCUAUGGCUCUCAGAUUAAUUCACAUAGACUCACAGUUACAAAUAGCUAAAGACACAACAUAAAGCAUAAUAAUAGAUGAUGAGUUAAUUAUUGCUAAAACAAUGUGCAUUGAUUGUAUACAAAUAAAAACAUUUAAUUCAAAUGUUGCAUAUGUACUUCUAUGAUUUUUUUUUUAAAUGAUGAUUAGUUGUUUGUAAAUUACAUUUUUUUUUUAAUCAUUCUGAUCACUUCAAUUGUAUUGCAACUAUUGUGCAUUACUUUCCAAAAUGUAAAAUAAUACAUUUUAAAAGUAAUGGUUGAUGUGUCAAAACAAAGCUGCAUAGUACUCUUUGAUUCUUUCGGUAAAGUCACGUAGGUAGAAUUUUUUAUAAUAAAUCACGACGUUUCAAUCGCCACACAUGCAAACCGUCGUCACCUGAAGACACCUGAAGACGGUUGCCUGUGUGGCGAUCGAAACGUCGUGAUCUAUUAUUAUUUUUCUUCUGCCUACGUGACUUUACUGAAAGAACCAAAGAGUAUGGAUUCCUGCAGUCACGCAAGCUUCAAAUCAAGAAUGCUGCAUAGUAUUUGUGGAGGAUGAUUUCAUAUCAUAAAUAGACAAAAUAAAGCAUUGCAAUGAGU